ACGGUCGCCAUGACGACGAGGCUGCCCGCAACGGUGGCUGGUCGUUGAGGCUGCCUGGUGGUGUGUCCGGCCCCCGGACAUUGCCCAGCGGUGAUCCAGCUCCAUCCACCUGAUCACGGGCUAUGAGAAGAUGGUGGGGCCGACAAGGAGUAAGCUCAGGGAAGGGAGCUCAGACAGGCCACAGUCUUCCUGCACGGGGCAGGCGAGGAGGAGGUGGAGUGCAGCGACCAUGGAGCCCCAGCAGGAGCGAAGCGCGCCCCAGGAGAGAACGAAGUGGUCGUUGCUGCAGCAUUUCCUCCUAGGCGGCAGGAAACUGCCCUCGGGCGCCCGCAACUACGCGGCGCGGAGGAUCCAAAGUCUGAACGCACAAAAUUACUUUCAGCUGGAAGAGGUUGCCAAGCUCCUUCUUCUUAACCGCUUCCACUUCCUCUUUAAUCUCCUGGACCACUUUCGCGAAAAGGUGCAGGCACUGCAGAUGCAUCGGUUCUCCCACAGAACCCUCUUUGGCCUAGCUAUCUUUGUGGGGAUUUUGCACUGGUUACACUUAAUAACACUUUUUGAAAAUGACCAUCAUUUUUCUCACCUUUCAUCUUUGGAACGGGAGAUGACUUUUCGCACAGAAAUGGGACUUUAUUAUUCCUACUUCAAGACCAUUAUCGAAGCACCUUCGUUUCUGGAAGGACUGUGGAUGAUCAUGAAUGACAGGCUAACUGAGUAUCCCCUGGUAAUCAACACAGUGAAACGCUUCCAUCUUUACCCAGAGGUAGUCAUAGCCUACUGGUAUCGCACAAUCAUAGGAAUAAUGAAUUUAUUUGGGAUAGAAACUAAGACAUGUUGGAACGUCACCAGAAUGGAGCCUCUUAAUGAAGUUCAGAGCUGUGAAGGAUUGGGAGACCCAGCUUGCUUUUACAUUGGAGUAAUUUUUAUUUUAAAUGGACUAAUGAUGGGCUUGUUCUUCAUAUACAGUACAUACCUGAGUGGGAGUCAGUUAGGAGGUCUGAUUACAGUAGCCUGCUACUUUUUCAAUCAUGGAGAGGCCACCCGUGUGAUGUGGACACCGCCUCUCCGGGAAAGUUUCUCCUAUCCGUUCCUUGUACUUCAGAUGUACGUCUUAACUAUAAUCCUCAGGACCUCCACCGUUCAAAAAAAACACUACAUGGCUCUCUGCUUCUCCAACGUCGCUUUUAUGCUUCCGUGGCAGUUUGCUCAGUUUAUACUUUUUACACAGAUAGCCUCGUUAUUUCCCAUGUAUGUUGUGGGAUACAUUGAGCCAAGCAAAUUUCAGAAGAUCAUUUAUAUCAAUAUGAGUUCUGUUGCCCUGUGCUUCAUUUUGAUGUUUGGGAAUUCAAUGUACUUAAGUUCGUAUUAUUCCUCAUGUUUGUUAGUGACAUGGGCAAUAAUGCAAAAGAAAAGCAAAAUCCAAAAAUUGGGAGGCACUGAACUCCAGUUUUGGCUAAUCCAAGGCUGUUUUUGGUGGUGUGGAACAAUUAUUUUGAAAUUUCUGACAUCAAAAAUCUGUGGUGUUUCAGACCAUAUUCGCCUGAGUGACCUUAUAGCAGCCAGGAUACUAAGGUAUACAGAUUUUGAUACCUUAAUAUACACCUGUGCUCCUGAAUUUGACUUCAUGGAACAAGCGACUCCACUCAGAUAUAUAAAAACAUUAUUGCUUCCACUUAUCCUAGUGAUUACUUAUCUUAUCUUUAAAAAGAUUGUUCGUGAUAUCAUGUGUGUCUUAUAUACAAACACUUAUGUAAGAAAACAGCUUCUUGACAACGCAGAGUUGAUUUUCCACACCUUGCAGUUGUUGGCAUUCACAGGUCUUGCCAUCUUAAUCAUGCGGUUGAAGCUGUUUCUGACCCCCCACAUGUGCAUUAUGGCUUCCUUGAUCUGCUCACCAAGGCUCUUUGGCUGGCUUUUUUGCAGAAUUCAUUUUGAGAAUGUUGUCUUCGGCAUUCUGACACUGAUGUCAAUACAAGGUUGUGCAAAUCUCCAUAACCAAUGGAGCAUAAUGGGAGAAUUUACUAACUUGCCUCAGGAAGAGCUCAUACAUUGGAUCAAACACAGCACCAGGCCAGAUGCCGUCUUUGCAGGUGCCAUGCCUACAAUGGCAAGCAUCAAGCUGUCUACACUGCGUCCAAUUGUGAACCACCCACACUAUGAGGACGCAGAUUUGAGGGCUCGGACAAAAAUAGUUUAUUCUGCAUAUAGUCGAAAAUCUGCAGUAGAAGUGAGAAAUAAUCUGUUGAAAUUACAUGUGAAUUAUUAUGUUCUAGAAGAGGCAUGGUGUGUUGUGAGAACAAAACCUGGUUGCAGCAUGCUUGAAAUAUGGGAUGUGGAAGACCCAUCCAAUGCAGCUAACCCUCCCCUCUGCAGUAUCCUGCUCAAGGAUUCUCGGCCAUACUUUACCACAGUGUUUCAGAAUAGUAUGUACAGAGUACUGAAGAUUAACUGAGAUCAAGGUGUCCCAACAUGCUGUAGUGGAAAGAUGUGUAUCAGAAAUGAACACUUCCAGCCUUAUUUACAGCAAUAAAAUUCACAAGCUUUACUAAGAAGACACUUUUAAAGCAAGAUAAAAACUAUUUAAAUUUUUCUGGUUACUACUAAUCAUAAAUUACUUCAUUAUUUACAUUGAAUGCCAGUCUGUCAAGCUUACCUCAUAAAUGAUUAAGUCAUCAACAGAUGUUCAUUUUAGAGUUCCAAGGGAACAUGGAUGGAAAAUAUCAAUAUAAUUUUAGAAACCAAAGCUAAGUAAUUCCUUUUCAGUCCGGCUAGGUGAGUUGUUUCAGGUUUCCCUAGUACCCAUGGAUCAGCCCAGACCUUCUCAGCCAUGGAAAUGAGCACAGGCUCUGAGAAACCCAAUGAUGGUGGUAGCCUCAUUCAGUUUUAGUUUAUGAUGAAGACGGUAUUGCUUUAUAAAUUUUAUCUCCCAAUAAAAGCUAUCUAUCAAAAAUGCUUUGAAAAUUGGUAAUUACCUUGAAGAUAGAGUAUGUCCAUCAAAGAGUCAAAUUGUCUCUUUCUUUUCAUGAUAAACUUUAAACAUGCUAGAUGUUUGAUAUGCAUCUGCUCCGAGUUAAGCAUCUUGGACUUUUUAUACUUGUAUUUUCCUUAUGUUUUUGGUCAACCAUAAAAGAUGAUUCAAUUUCAUAGAUUAGUUACAUAUAAUUACUUGCAAUAGGUAAGCAAUUAUAUCCCAACUUUUAUAGUUGGAAAACAUCUUGAUGCUGAACACAAAAUAGCUAAGAAAGAAUGCUGAAUUGUGUUGAUUUUAACAUUUUCAAGUAGUUUCUUUUCUGUGUGGAGCAAAGAGGGGAACAGAUAUAACAUUCAUUUAAAAGUACAUGUUUUGGACAAUGUCACUAGAGGGAUAUUUUAAAGUAAUUAUUAGAAUUCAACAAAAAUGGUACAAGCUAUGUUAACCAAUAAAGUGUUCCUUGCACAUA